AUGGCUGAGCCGGAUAUCCAGCAUAUGCGCCGCAUGUCGGCGGAGAACCAGACCAUCUUGAAGUCGGAGAUUCCUUUGAAGGAAAGGUUCUUCCGUUACUUCCAGCAUGAAAUCACCGCCCUGCAACAGCAAAUGGACAGUCUGGAGGAUACAUCCCUUGUCGGUGGUGAACGUGCUGAUGCAACUGACCACUGCCUGGCCGGCAUCGUGCGACUCUCCAACGAAGUCAAGGAUGCAGCGAGCUACAUCCCAACUUACGACCAACGAGUCUAUGCAGAGGCCAUCAAAGCCUUGCAGGACAAGUUGAAUGAGACCCGCGCUGCCUUCGAACCUCGAGCGAAAUUUGCCUUCAAGACGAAGAAGAAUGCGUCUGCCAUCUCCCUGACCGAUGCUGCGACACUGGCAGCGGAAGGCCGUCGUAGCAUUCCCGGCUACCGUUCGCCAGGGGCCUCCUCGGUCGGUUCAUCCGCGAAUCACACUCCGAACUAUCCCUCCACCCCUCUGAACGAACCGGACAAGCAACACCAGGAGAGACCGGAACUCGCACCGACGUCAUUCCCGGGAAUUUCAGUCGGCGAGCACGAGUCGAAGCCUCACUCCGAGGCUAAGCCCGCCUCUGCCUUCGCUGCUACUGGCAUUACCUCCGUCUCAGUGAACAAUCACGUCGAACACUGUAUUGUGGACAUGUCCAUUCCCACGGCUAACAGUAAACCCUUCGCCAGCUUGACUAUCAAGGGCGUCGAAGAAAGUCUUUUGAUCUGUGGCCAGGUCACUGGCCCCGCACAUAUCACUGGGGUGGAACACAGCAUCCUCGUGGUGUCGUGCCGACAAUUCCGCAUGCACAAUUGCAAAGAUGUUGAUGUAUACCUCAGCUGUUCGAGCAAUCCCAUCAUCGAGGAAUGCUCAAAUGUCCGGUUUGGCAGGAUACCGAAAGCAUACGCUUUCCACCACGAUCGCCCCGACCACGAAGAUCGCUGGAGCCAAGUCGAAGAUUUCAAGUGGAUCAAGCCUGAGCCCAGUCCCAAUUGGAGUCUCCUGGAUCCAACCGAUGCUAUUGCUGAGGAGGUCUGGGCGGAGAAUCGUUCCCGGCGGGCCGGAGAAUCAGCGGUCCUCAGUCCUGUCUGCCAUGCGAUUGAUGAGUUCUCCUCGCCGUGA